UAGUGGUAAGAAUUCCACGUUGUGGCCGUGGAGACCUGGGCUCGAAUCCCAGCAGCCACAAUGUAAAGAAGUUGUUAAUUUUUUCAGUUUUGAUGGGCCAGGCCCAAAUGUGAUGAAAUGGGCUGCUGGGUUUACGCCCAAACUUGAAAUCGCAAAAGAGUCAAAAGACCGCGCAACGGUAACCGGUAUAUAGCCGGUAGCAGGUAAAGGACAAAGCGAAAUCUCACAGUUGGUGAAAUUAAAAAAAAAAAAAAAAAAAAAAAAGGAAAAUUGAAGACACGCCAUAAUUGCAAUUGCCCGGCAACCAACAUUUUGUUUUACACUCAUUUCCGCUUCUUUUCACUUCCCGCCGGAGUAUACGCCAUUUCUUCUCCGAUCACACGGUUUCUUCAGGGAAUCACUGGAGCUUAGUCUAUGGUUGAAUCGAAACAGGAUAGCUGUGGCGUCUUGUUUUCAUCCCCUCAAAACUAAACCUGAACAGUUUGUCCCUAAUUUUUCAGGAGAAAAAGAAGGAUUCAAGAAAGUUUCAUUUGUAUCAGGUUUAGAAAGCGAGUGGCAGCGAUUUGACAUUUAUUUCGCUGGUGGAGAAGUACUGUACUGUAAGAGGUAAAAAUGCUGACAUGCAUAGCUCGUUCUAAGAAACUCGGAGAUGGUUCCUUGAGUCAAAUUGAAGAACCAGACUCCGUCAAUGGACUCGAAAACAAGCAACAAUCUGUCAAAUCUCUGACAGGUCAGCUCAGAGACAUGGCGUUAAAAGCGUCGGGAUCGUAUCGAACUUGCAACCCUUGCGCAGGGCCCAUACCGCAGAGUCGACUGAAGAAUUGCAGCUCACAGUCGGAUGCGGACUCGGAGCGGUUCAAAUGGGCUUAUAAGCGAAGCGGUAGCUUGAGCUCGACGAAAACGAGGACAUGGGGGAAGGAAAUGGAAGCGAGACUGAAGGGCAUUUCAAGCGGAGAAGGAACCCCCAAUUCACUGAGUGGCCGGCGAGUUGACCCAGUUGUGUACGUUGAGGAGAACGAACCAAAGGAGUGGGUGGCCCAGGUGGAACCCGGUGUGUUAAUCACUUUCGUUUCGCUUCCUCGCGGAGGGAAUGAUCUGAAACGGAUACGUUUCAGCCGAGACGUAUUCAAUAAAUGGCAAGCUCAAAGAUGGUGGGCCGAGAACUAUGAUAGAGUUAUGGAACUAUACAAUGUUCAGAGGUUCAACCGGCAAGCUUUUCCUCUUCCAACCCCCCCGAGAUCUGAGGAUGAGAGCUCAAAAAUUGAAUCUGUGGAGAACAGCCCUGUAACACCUCCUCUAACUACAGAACGCUUGCCCCGCAAUCUCUACCGCCCCAUUGGAGCAGGUGUGAGCUAUUCAUCCUCAGAUUCACUUGAAUAUCAGCCAAUGCAGUAUCGCCAGUACCAAGAUUCAGGUCUGACCUCCACUCCUAAACUCUCUAGCAUCAGUGGUGCAAAGACAGAAACAUCUUCCAUCGAUGCAUCCAUGAGAAGCAGUUCAUCAAGGGAUGCAGAUCGUUCAGGAGAACUAUCUAUCAGCAAUGCUAGUGAUCUUGAGUCUGAAUGGGUUGAACAGGACGAGCCAGGUGUUUAUAUUACAAUCAGAGCUUUGCCUGGCGGCAAAAGGGAACUCAGAAGAGUCAGAUUCAGCCGGGAAAAAUUUGGGGAGAUGCAUGCUAGAUUGUGGUGGGAAGAAAAUCGAGCCAGGAUACAUGAGCAAUACUUGUGAGAGUGACGGUGCAAGAAAGUUGGCAUUAGGCGCUUUUCUAAAGUCUGAAAGAAGUGGUACUUUUUCAAAAUUUAUGAUCAUUGCCAUACUAAGUAAAAAGUCUCCCUUAUAGAGAUCUUUCCGGUGCUUUUAGUGUUGGCACCCUGUGAUGUUUGGGGGUAUACAUAUACAUGCGAAACCAAGUCGUGUGUAGGCUUCACAAUAUGUGGAUGUUAGAUUAUUAUUUUUUAAUAACAUUUUUUUUUGUUGUCUUACAUUUUGGUUGAAGAGGCAUUGCCUAUGUAUUGUAGUAUGGUGGGUGUAAAACUUAAAUUCCUCAUGUGUCAAUAUCAAUGGAAGAGAUUAAGAUGUGUAGAGAACACGUGUUAUUUCUAAGCAAUAGAGAUAUAAAUUUAUGGCCACAAACAAGAAUUUUAUUUAUACUAAAGAUGACUAGAGAGGAUAGUUUUAAAGUCACGCCCCUAUUUAGAUUAUUGUAGAAGGACCGGAUCAAUAGAUUCAAAGGGUGUGCAGGAGAAGUCCAAUCCAAGCAAUUGGUUACUGAAUCUUACAAGUUUUGGAAACCUCGAACCUAUUUAUUUGAAUGUUAUAAAAAUUGCCUGCCUAUCUUAUUGAUCUUAAAACUUGGGAGUGUCUUGAAGAGCCGGAAAAGCAUGGCAAGGUCAAGGCAUUUCAGCAAGAAUACGAGGAUGAAUUCUGGGUUUGUAAGUCCGGUUCUUCUUCGGAGUUGUGGUUCGAAUUUCAAACGGCCAUGGGGAGCCCUACAGCUUAGGAAGCUUCAGGAAAGGCUCAUAUUCGACCAAGAACGCUUUGUCAUUGCUUUCGAUAAUCAUAGAAUCCACAAUGGUUUGGCAUAUUAGCAAACAAAUCUUCUUUAGGCAUUGCAGACAGAAAAUUGGAGAGAGAGUUAUUAUAAUUAAGGAUUCUAAAUGAGUAAGAAUAAUAAGAUCAGGCAAAGAUUGGAAGAACUAAAGCGUUUAGUAUUUUGUGUGGUACAGAAGAAUUGUAAUUAGAUACGUAGUCUAGAGAAGCAGAUGGUGAGAUUUGUGAAAGACAAAUGUUAGUGGAGAGUGAAGAGUGUUUCUCAACAACCGACAUAGAAGGAUUCUCAGAAAAUGAGAAAGAUUUUUAUUGCGCAAAAUAGCUCCCAUAUCAUCAUAUGCCGUUGCCAUUCCCUCUGGGGUUGCAUGUAAUGAGUAAUGGAAAGCUGUAGACAGGCUAACUUCACCCUUUGUCUUGGGUAUAGGGUGCAUUUUUGGUCACUCCAUUUUAAGUUUUCUAAUAAUAAAAGGAUGAAGAAAAGAUAUUGAAAAACAGCUCAGGUUUUAAAGUUGUCACACUUGAGAAUAAUGCAUUUAACAGUUAGAAUUUUGCAUCAACGUCUUUCAAAUAGAAAAGUAAAGGAGAGUCUAGUUUGAGCUGGAUAGCUAAACUGGUUUAAUUAUAUCUUCUAUCAAGUGGUUAGAGUUUUAGACCUCCCAACUUUAUAUGUCGUUGCCCUAACAAUGUUGAUGGAUGUGUAGUCCUAAGCUCUAACAUUGUCCCCGUAUCAUAUUUCAUAAUAGAAUGUACUGAGUAAUGGAAAACUAGAAAGGUAGGAAGUUGGACGAACUUUGAAUCUAUAUUGAUUUUACCAUAGUCUUUCUUCCAAGUCUUAAUGAGAGCUUUAGCUAAAGUUUUUCAAAAACUCAAAAGAAGUUUUUGUUUUCCAAUUCUUCGAUCCAUAGAUUGUCAAGAUUGGCUAUAAUAUCCUUGAAGUUAAUAGCCUUCAAAGUUUCAUAGCUUUUAUCCUAUGAUCUUUAGAAAUUCAAGAGUUAUAUUCUUGAGAACUACAGAACUUUGAUCUUCGAUUCUUCUCCUCUUCCAGAACCUUUAUAGUAGAGUUUCUUGACCUUACAUGGGCUUGGGAUUGGGCCUGGCUACUUAUGGGCUUAGAGAUUGACCUUGGGUUUAAGCACAUUCGUUUUACUUGGCCCAAUUUUCUUAAACUUCUGCAAAAUCCUAAUUAACUAACACCUCAACAAAAUUCCAGUAUUAAAUGGGGCAUAUAAACAAAAGUUAAACAAAAUUGUCGUACAGAAUCCUAAUUUGCUAACCUCAGCAAAUUUUAUGCCAUUCGUCCUUGUGUAUCUAAUUAGUGUUAAUUUGAGGAAAUAUAAUAAUAUAGACGUAGGACGGAUAUUGGUAUUUGGUGCAACAUCCUCCGAACCAAUUCCUGGAAAGUAAUUGGGGCAACAAGAUAAUGUUAUCGCCAGUUUCAAGUGCAAAACUUGCCACGUGGAACAGCGGCAACAUGAUAUCUCAAAUAUGGACCUCUCACCCGGUCAAGCUUCCACCACCACCACCACCUCCGUAUUCUAAAAUAAAGUCAGGAACAAGAACAGACACACCUUAACAAAACCAAUAUUCUUCAUCUCUCUCUCUCUCUCAUUUCAGCAUAGAAGAGAGCUGAGUAAAAGGAAAAAACUUCAAUAAAAUUUGACAGAGAAGAGCCCAAGAGAAAACCAAAUGGCUUCAACUUCUGCUAUUUCAAUGCCGAUGCCAAUUACUAAUGCGGCACAGAAGAGAACGAGGAGGGCCGAAGCCUUCGCCAAACCAUUGCCUUUGAGGCCUUCCAACAAGCCAAGUGGCUCCUCAAGCUCCAGCGCCAAGUUCCAAGUGCGGGCUUCUUUGAAGGAGAAGGCUGUUGCUGGACUGGCUGCAACGGCACUCACAGCUUCCAUGGUCCUUCCUGAGGUGGCUGAAGCUGCUGGCCCUGGCGUUAGUCCCUCUCUCAAGAAUUUCUUGCUCAGCAUUGCAGCUGGUGGAGUAGUCGUCACUGCUAUCUUAGGUGCAGUUAUCGGCGUCGCCAAUUUCGAUCCCGUCAAGCGGACCUGAGCUGCGGAGGAUCACAUUCCACCAAUUAUGUUAUCACUUUCCAUUCAUGAUGUUCCAUUCCCCUGUAGUGGUAGUUUCUGUGUUUUGUGUGUAAUAAUCAAUAUGCGGCUCCUGCUGUAAAUUCACCAGAAACUAUGAUAUAUUCAAUAUAAAGUUUCUAUUUGGCUCAAAA